UUAAUUAGCUAACCAAAAUAAAAUAUGAAUAAUUACUUUAAGAAAUAUUAUUUUUGAGAAAAAGUGAACAAUUGCAACUUUAAUUAUCCUAAAGGAAAAGAAAAAAGAAAAUAAAGAGAAACAUUUCAAUUUAAAUUUAAAUGGAAAGAGAUCACGCACAAUAAAUUGCAUCAGAGAGAUCACAUAAAAAGAACAAUCGAGAUCAGGAUACAGGGACGAGUUUAAAUUAAAUUAAUUGUAUGUAGUACCUCGUUGACAUUUCAUGGUCAUGAACAAUAAAGGACCUGUAGUCAGAAUGUCAUCUUCUGGUACAUACGGUGCAGGUGGUAUUGGUUGUUGCUGCUUCAGAUGUUGUACAUGCGUACACUUAGAGUUCCUUAAAUCAUUGCCAGGAAUCAUGAAAGUAUGCGAAACGGUAAUCAGUGGCUUAGUUCAAAGUUUACUCAUUAAUUAUGGCCUAGAACGUAGUUCAUCCAUCGGCUCGGCUUUUGAAGGCUCAUUGACCACGGCAUCCGCCUGCUUUCUGACUUCCGCUAUACUACUUGCUUGCUACACAAUUUCUGAAAAAUCGUAUAAGUUGAUUCGUUCAUCACUUUUUGAGACGAUGUUCAAUUCCUUAGCCUGCUUCCUUUAUUUAAGCUCAGCAUCUUAUCUAGCUUUUGCUACAAAAUUGUUUCUGAUGACUGAGUAUUAUCUCAAGCCCGGUUUUGACGUUUAUCCUGCCAUGACAGCCGCUUACAUUCUAAGUGGUGUCGUGGGAAUAUUGCAUGGUAUAGAUGCUUAUUUGUCCUUUAUGCAUUACAAAAUCGGAAGAUAAAUUAUGAUAAUGACGGGAAUGUCAGCUAUAUAAUUAUAUGAACAAACGUGGCAAUUAUAUAAAUGCCUACACAUUAAAAGAAUAUUAAACAAUGGUGAUACACAAAUCUCAAAAAAGAGUUAAAUAGAAAGUUUGAUUUUACUUUUCAUCAUGAUAUGUGAGCAGAUUGUAAUUAUUAUUAUAAAUAAACUUGGAUUGAAUUAUGUAAGAAAAUAUUUAU